CUAUAUAUAUAUAUAUAUUAUCAAUCUUCGUUACAUACAUUCAUUUACAGCUAUUAAUAGAGAGAGAAACUGAUAGUCCUUUGAUAUAGAGAGAGUAGACAGAGGAUAGCUGUUACUUUGAAAUCGGGGUCACUCUCUCGUCAUUUUCCGGAUCGAUCUUCAGUUUCUGAGAUCUGGCUUUCACUUUUCCUGUUUUGAGGAAAAACUUGCUUUUGAAGUGGAAGAAUAAGAAAAAGCACAGAUUUUCGUAAGUCUUUUGCUUUAUUAGGAAUGCAUAGAUCUGGUUGAUACUGAAUAAACGCUUCUAUCUGUUGUUCUCAACCGGGAAAGAGUAGUGAGCAACAAUGGAAUCAGAAGGAGAAACUGGGGCAAAGCCCUUGAGGAACCUGGGUGGUCAAGUCUGCCAGAUCUGUGGUGACAGUGUUGGCAAAACUGUAGAGGGUGAACCAUUUGUUGCCUGCGAUGUCUGUGCAUUUCCUGUUUGCAGGCCGUGCUAUGAGUAUGAGAGGAAGGAUGGGAAUCAGUCCUGUCCUCAAUGCAAAACCAGAUACAAGAGGCACAAAGGUAGCCCUGCUAUUCUUGGAGACAGAGAAGAAGAUACUGAUGCUGAUGAUGGUGCUAGUGAUUUUAAUUACUCUUCAGAAAAUCAGAGCCAAAAGCAAAAAAUUUCAGAGCGCAUGUUGAGCUGGCACAUGACAUACGGGCGAGGGGAGGACGUAGGGCCUCCAAAUUAUGAUAAAGAGGUUUCACACAACCAUAUUCCUCUUCUUACUAAUGGCCAAGAGGUUUCAGGAGAGUUAUCUGCUGCAUCACCUGAACGACUUUCUAUGGCAUCCCCUGGAGCUGGUGGAAUGAAGCGUGCCCAUCAUCUUCCUUAUGCAUCUGAUGUCAAUCAAUCACCAGCUAAUAUACGGGUUGUAGAUCCAGUGAGGGAGUUUGGUUCGCCAGGAUUAGGCAAUGUGGCAUGGAAGGAGAGAGUUGAUGGCUGGAAGAUGAAGCAGGACAAGAACGUUAUUCCUAUGAGCACUGGCCAGGCUACCGAAAGGGGUGGCGGAGAUAUUGAUGCCAGCACUGAUGUACUUGUGGAUGACGCUUUAUUGAAUGAUGAAGCUCGACAGCCUUUGUCAAGAAAAGUUUCCAUCCCUUCCUCAAGAAUAAAUCCUUACAGGAUGGUUAUCGUCUUGCGACUAAUCAUUCUCUCCAUUUUCUUGCACUACCGGAUAACAAAUCCAGUGCCCAAUGCUUAUGCUUUGUGGUUAAUAUCUGUCAUUUGUGAGAUUUGGUUUGCCUUAUCCUGGAUAUUGGAUCAGUUCCCUAAGUGGCUUCCUGUAAACCGUGAGACAUAUCUUGACAGGCUUGCAUUGAGAUAUGAUCGUGAAGGGGAACCAUCACAAUUAGCUGCAGUUGACAUUUUUGUCAGUACUGUUGAUCCAUUGAAGGAACCUCCUCUUGUGACAGCCAAUACUGUGCUAUCCAUUCUUGCAGUUGAUUAUCCAGUGGACAAGGUCUCUUGCUAUGUUUCUGAUGAUGGUGCUGCUAUGUUGACAUUUGAAGCAUUGUCUGAAACAUCAGAAUUUGCUAGAAAGUGGGUACCUUUUUGCAAGAAAUUCAAUAUUGAACCCAGGGCUCCAGAAUGGUACUUUGCUCAGAAGAUUGACUACUUGAAGGACAAAGUUCAACCAUCAUUUGUCAAAGAUCGCAGAGCCAUGAAGAGAGAGUAUGAGGAAUUUAAGGUUCGUAUUAAUGGGCUUGUGGCCAAGGCUCAAAAAGUUCCUGAAGAAGGGUGGGUAAUGCAAGAUGGUACUCCUUGGCCAGGGAAUAACACAAGAGACCAUCCAGGAAUGAUCCAGGUAUUCUUAGGCCAAAGUGGAGGACUCGAUUCUGAGGGCAAUGAGCUCCCAAGAUUGGUUUAUGUUUCUAGAGAAAAGCGUCCGGGCUUUCAACACCACAAGAAGGCUGGUGCCAUGAAUGCACUUGUUCGUGUGUCUGCUGUACUUACAAAUGGACCUUUCUUGUUGAAUCUUGAUUGUGAUCACUACAUAAACAAUAGCAAGGCGUUGAGGGAAGCCAUGUGUUUCAUGAUGGAUCCGAACCUUGGGAAGCAUGUUUGUUAUGUUCAGUUUCCACAGAGAUUUGAUGGUAUUGAUAGGAACGAUCGAUAUGCUAAUCGCAACACUGUCUUCUUUGAUAUAAACUUGAGAGGCUUGGAUGGCAUUCAAGGGCCAGUUUAUGUUGGUACUGGAUGUGUUUUCAACAGAACGGCCUUGUAUGGUUAUGAACCACCAGUCAAACCUAAGCACAGAAAAGCAGGAUUCUUAUCUUCACUCUGUGGUGGUUCACGGAAGAAGAGUUCAAACUCUAGUAAAAAGGGCUCAGAUAAGAAGAAAUCUGGCAAGCAUGUAGACCCCACUGUGCCGAUAUUUAGUCUAGAGGACAUAGAAGAAGGGGUGGAAGGUGCUGGCUUUGAUGAUGAGAAGUCUUUAUUGAUGUCGCAAAUGAGCCUAGAAAAGAGGUUUGGGCAGUCUGCUGUUUUUGUUGCCUCUACACUUAUGGAGAAUGGUGGUGUUCCUCAAUCUGCAACACCAGAAACUCUUCUUAAAGAGGCUAUUCAUGUCAUUAGCUGUGGAUACGAGGACAAAACAGAGUGGGGAACCGAGAUUGGAUGGAUCUAUGGUUCUGUUACAGAAGAUAUUCUUACAGGAUUCAAGAUGCAUGCCCGUGGCUGGCGGUCAAUUUACUGUAUGCCCAAGCGUCCAGCCUUCAAGGGAUCUGCUCCUAUUAAUCUUUCAGAUCGUCUGAACCAAGUGCUUCGGUGGGCUCUAGGUUCUGUGGAAAUUCUUUUCAGUCGACACUGUCCUAUCUGGUAUGGUUACGGUGGCAGGCUGAAGUGGCUCGAGAGGUUUGCUUAUGUGAACACUACCAUUUAUCCAAUAACUGCUAUCCCUCUUCUCUUGUACUGUACGCUUCCAGCCGUUUGUCUGCUUACCAACAAAUUUAUUAUUCCACAGAUUAGUAACCUGGCGAGCAUAUGGUUUAUAUCUCUCUUUCUUUCCAUCUUUGCAACUGGUAUUCUAGAGAUGAGAUGGAGUGGUGUCGGCAUUGAUGAGUGGUGGAGAAAUGAACAGUUUUGGGUUAUUGGUGGUGUUUCAUCACAUCUUUUUGCUGUUUUCCAAGGUCUUCUGAAAGUUCUUGCUGGCAUUGACACCAACUUCACUGUCACCUCCAAGGCAUCUGACGAAGAUGGGGAUUUUGCAGAGCUGUAUAUGUUCAAGUGGACUACCCUGCUUAUUCCACCAACAACAUUGCUCACCAUUAACUUGGUCGGAGUUGUCGCUGGAAUUUCCUACGCUAUAAACAGCGGUUAUCAGUCAUGGGGACCUCUUUUUGGUAAGCUGUUCUUUGCCUUUUGGGUGAUCAUCCAUCUCUAUCCUUUCCUCAAAGGUUUAAUGGGACGACAAAACCGAACACCCACCAUUGUCGUCGUCUGGUCAAUUCUCCUUGCUUCCAUUUUCUCUCUGUUAUGGGUACGGAUUGAUCCAUUCACCACUAGAGUCACCGGUCCUGAUGUCGAGCAAUGUGGGAUCAACUGUUAAAAGGUCUGCCUGCCGAAGAAGGUGACAGAUUUGUUUUGGUCUCAACUAGAAAAUGUAAGCUAAGCUGGAAAAUGUUUUGGUGUCAAUGUGAAUUCACAUCAUAUGUGCAGAUUAUAUAGAGACUUACAGUCGUUUACAAAUUAUUUUGUUUAUUCAUGUAAUAUUUUGGAGGUGUAACUUAUGGAUACUGCUGGUGGAGGGUGAUUAUACCCGUCCAAGUUUCUUUUGUAUUCAAAUUUAGAAGUCCCCUGUUAAAUAAA